GUAUUUGGGUGGGUGCAACUGUUCAGAGCAAAGGGACAUCUGAAGGAAUUGAAGGAGACAGAAUAUUGGCAGAUGAACAAUAACCAGAGAAAGCUAAAGUUGAACAGCAAAACACAUGUUGUUAUCAGGUUUCGCUAAGAGGUAAAUAACAGAAGCGAGCUGUGUUCCUAACAAAGAGAAAGGAAAAUAUGCCUGCGUGCAAAACUGUGUACGGUAGCAGAAAUGUGUGGAACAGCAAAUAUUAGAUUCCAAACGCCCUUUAUUUAAAUGCCUUUAAAUUAUGUAUGAGAUGAGAAAUGCACAUUAAAAGGUGAUUUGCGUAGCCUCUUUGUUUGUUUUCAAUUGUGAACUGUUCGGAGCACGGGAUGAAAACAAAGUAAGGGGUGGGAAGAUACCGUUUCAUCCAGACCGAAGCCUUACAUAGGUGCAGAGAAAGAGAACAAGAGCUGUUGAUUGUGCAGAAUCACAACGCUGGCUGUGGGUUUUUUUUUGCUACCAACAAUCUCCUCUAACUGUUAAAGGUUUCAUGCAACUGUGAAAUAAAACCAACGGUGGAGAUACUUUUAUACAAUGAGUUAAACUAUUUGUUUCACUCUGCAGGGACCAAAAAACAAAACAAAACCCCAAAACCCCAUCAUGAAUAUUAAGGAUUAUUUUGAAAGAAUUUGUUACAAAGGUUCCCAGGAAAAAGCAGACUUGGAAACCUUAACUGAGGUUUUUCAACAUCACAUCCGCGCAGUGCCCUUUGAAAAUCUCAGCCUCCAUUGUGGCGAAACCAUUCAGAUGGAUUUAGAAUCGGUGUAUGAUAAAAUUGUGACGAACAACCGUGGCGGAUGGUGCAUGGAGAACAACCAACUUCUGUUUUGGGCCUUCCAGACCAUGGGCUACAAAGUUGGUCUUUUAGGUGCUCGUGUUUAUGACCCAGAGCGAAAGGCCUACUAUCAAGAUGUCAAUCAUGUUCUGAUCAAAGUCGUCCUUGAAGGUAAAACCUACAUUGUUGAUGGUGGUUUUGGGGUGGCUUAUCAGAUGUGGCAACCGAUGGAGCUGAUUUCUGAGAAGAACCAACCUCAGACCCCAGGAAUCUUCUGCUUCACGGAGAAGGAUGGAGUGUGGUACUUUCACAAAAUGAAGCGCAAGAAAUUCAGGAUGGAUUUUGAGAACAACAUUCCCUGUUCUGAUAUUGGAGAAAACGUGACCUGUAAGAACAUUUAUUUGUUUACUUUGCAACCGAAGACAAUAGAUGACUUCCGGCCGGCCUGUUUACAACUCCAAACUGAUCCAAGUUCUCUGUUUUUAAGGAAGUCCAUCUGUAGUCUCCAGACUACUGAUGGAUUUCUAGUUUUGAUUGGGUGGAUGCUGAUUGAAACCAAAUAUAAUUUUAAAGACGGCAUGGAUCUAGUCGUAAGCACAGUCCUGACAGGUGAAGAAGUGCAGAAAAUCCUGAAGGAGAGAUUCAAAAUCCAGCUGGACAAAACGUUUGUCCCUCUGAACACCUGUUCAGCGCUCAUGUUUUAAUUCAGCUGGCCAAGGGUGAACUUCGCUCAACAACUUGGUUCAUCCUAAAGCAACGGAAAUGAAAUUGGGAAGCAAAAAAAAUCAAAACAUAAAAAACAAAUUAGAUAGAUGACCCUCACUCUGUCAAGGACCUUGGCGUACUUAUUUCUAAAGAUCUAAGUGCCAGAGCCCACUGUAACAACAUUGCCAAAAAGGCACUAAGAGUUGUUAACCUAAUCUUGCAUAGCUUCUUCUCUGGUAAUAUUGUACUACUAACUAGAGCAUAUAAGACAUUUGCUAGACCAGUUCUUGAAUACAGCUCAUCUGUCUGGAACCCGCACUGCAUAUUGGACAUAAAUACAAUUGAGAGAGUCCAGAAAUAUUUUACAAGAAGAGUCCUCCAUUCCUCUACCCAUAAUAAAAUACCUUAUGCCACCAGACUCCAAAUUUUGGGCUUAGACAACUUAGAACUACACCGACUUUAGUCUGACCUAAGCAUAGUACAUAAAAUUAUCUACCACAAUGUCCUUCCUUGCUGUCAAUGACUACUUCAGCUUUAACCACAACAAUACAGGAGCAAAUAAUAGAUACAAACUCAAGGUAAACCGCUCCAAACUUGAUUGUAGAAAAUAUGACUUCAGCAGCAGAAUGGUCAAUGCCUGGAAUGCAUUACCUGACUCUAGUUUCUUCCCCAAACCCCAAAACUUUAAGCUUAAACUGUCUACUGUUGACCUCACCCCAUUCCUAAGAGGUCUGUAAGGGGCGUGCAUAAGUGCACCAACAUGCCUUCCAUCCCUAUCCUAAUAUUCUUUUUUACUUACUCUUUUCACGUAUUCAAAUUAUGUUUAUACUUUUACCUGUUAUCUUAUACAUACAUGCUUGACAAAUAAAUAAAAAUAAAUAAAAUAAAAUAAAUUCUCACCACACAAAGAUCUAAAGGAAUAUUGGGUGAACAUUUUAGAGAAGAAGAUUGUUCUGACCUAGGCUUCCCCAGCAGCAUGAAGCCGAGUCCUCGUCCCGAUAAACCCCUUUUAUUUAAUGUACAGUGAAUUCCUCUCCAGCAAAAUCUUUCCUCUCCCACAGUCUUUCAAGGUAAUUCACAAUUACUGACCUUUAUCAGGCUUGGAGAGUGUCCAGGCCGAUAUCUUUCAGACGCCAGCAAUACUUGGCAAGAAUCCAGUAGUGAACUAAGUGUCUCCUGCAAACUCCACUCCCCCUUUGCUCCUCUUUAUUCCCUCUGGGAGGGGCCAUUCAUCAUCUACCUGUGGCCUUACUCCCAAGUUGACCCUUGUUCUUUAGCUGUUCCCUUCGUCUGGCAACGCUGUGCAUGCACACACUGGGAACAGGCUCCAGCUGUUCAUCUGCCUCACUGAUGUCUGACUCCGAAGGCAGCUGAUAACUGGCGUAUGGCCCUGGCCCCCUCUCUGCCUCCGAUGCAGAGCCCUCAUCAGGGCCUUCCCCAGACUCCAGGACUAGCCCAUGUUCCUCCCCAACCUCUUCACUCUCCGAAUCUGCUGCCAGAUCUGCUGACCGCUGGCGGGCCACAACAAAGAUAUUUUAUUUUCUUGGGCAAAUUCCGGUCAAUUUAGAGAGCAAAUGAAGUCCUUUAUGCAAGCUGAAUUUGCUGUGUCUAGGCUUUGCCACAGGCUUAGACAAGUAAGUCUACUUUGAAGUACGAAAAGGGAUAAGAAACCUCUUGCAAGAUUAUCAGUGUUGAGUUUUGACUGGGCCCUAGCUAUCUCUAGCUUUACCAUAAUGACGAGAUUUUAAAUCGGUAUCUUUCCAGUCCUUAUCUGGUCUCUAAGAUAGAUAGGGAUUUAAAAAGGCCUUAAAUCCGGAUAUAUAUGAAGGUGUGGGAUCUCCUGUACGAAGCUGCACUGACUUUAAGAUCAUCUAAUGAGGUUCUCCAAAAGAGGUGAAGAUGGAUAAGGGGAAGAGCUUUUUCUGUGGUGGCACCCGAGUGAUGAAAUUCCUUCUCCAAGGUUGGUCGCCGAGCACCUAUAUUAGCAUUGUUUGUCCUGGACUUUAUAAGUGACUUGUAAUUGUAUUUUGAUUCUUACCUGAAUUCUGAAUGAUCAGAGUGCUGCUGCCAAUUUUAGACGGUGUACAUGGUAUUUUGAUUUUAAUGUAUAUAUUCUUACUUGGAUUUUUGCGCAUGGGUUACAUGGAUUUGAUUGUAAAUCUGCCCAGGGAGCUUUAUCUAUUGAGAUAUCUACUAAAAUAAUAUGAAGUAGUCUUGAUAAAAAACACAACACUACUAACCAGAGCAUAUAAAACAUUUGCUAGACCAAUUCUAGAAUACAGCUCGCCUGUUUGGAACCCUCACCACAUCUCUGACAUCAACACAAUUGAACGUGUCCAGAAAUAUUUUACAAGAAGAGUUCUCCAUUCCUCUGAAAACAAUAAAAUACCUUAUCCCACCAGACUUGAAAUCCUAGGCUUAGAAAACUUGGAACUCCGUCGCCUUCGACAAGACCUAAGUUUAACUCACAGAAUCAUCUAUUGUAAUGUCCUUCCUGUCAAAGACUACUUCAGCUUUAAUUGCAAUAAUACUAGAGCAACUAAUAGAUUUAAACUUAAUGUCAACCGCUUUAAUCUAGAUUGCAGAAAAUAUGACUUCUGUAACAGAAUCAUCAGUGCUUGGAAUACUUUACCUGACUCGGUGGUCUCUUCUCAUAAUCCUAAAAGCUGUAACCAAAAACUUUCUACUAUUGACCUCACCCCAUUCCUAAGAGGACCAUAAGGGGCGGGCA